AUGACGAAAGCUGUACAGCUUGCUCUCCUUUCCCUUUCUAUUCUUGCACUCUACACGAAAUAUUACCUCUCCUUUCGGAAUGGAUUCAUUGACCUAUUAUCGGAUAUGGCAGCUCGAAACUCACUUACGGGCCUUGGAGGGUUAAGGACGUACUAUGCAGGAUUACCUUUCCUCGAUGAAUUUCUGGCAGCAUGUGUUAUAUUUUACUGGCCUAUAUUCCAUCCAACUAUGCCUUCUUUACCACUGUAUGCUCUCGCCUUUGCUGGCAGUGUGUUGCCUAUGUGGGUUAUUAUCAUCCUCCAAAAAUGCCGGAGGAAGUGUUUUAGAAAAGCCAUGAUUGAGCAUGACAUAAAUUCUCUGAGUGGGCUUCUGGUCCAGGCCAUCGGUCCAGGGUUAAUAAUACCCCUUUUCCUUGCCAUAGAUAUCACACCAGCCAGACCAGCCGGGCUCUCCGGAAUCUCCAAAGACACCUUAAUGCCUGUUAGCAUCCCAUUGUCUAUGGCUAUAGGCUACAUAUCUUUGCUGCUUCUAGCCUCUCUGCCCGCCCCGGGGAUCAUUUCUUACGAUAUAAAACAGCAAAUUAUUGCGCUAUGGCAGGUGUGGCCGAUUUCUGUUUCCUUGCUCAUUUGGUUAUUUCAGUGUCCGAUUCAUAAACCUCUACAGGAAAAGACGGAAUCUACUGCGGCCACGCUAAAGUAUACUUACGCAUUCGCGUUUGGAUGUUCUGCCAUCCGUCACAUGGUCGUGGUUGGAAUAUCAGUGCUAUCACCCUCACAAGUGCCUCUGCCUGAGCGCCUGAUCUACAUCCAGGAGCACUCCUCUUUCCAGCAAAGAGUUGAAUACUUGGAGAAAGGUAUACUACGUUUCCUUCAUUGGGAUUAUAGACUAUCUGCCCUGGCAACCUUGCUGUGGUGUUCGGCUGUAUACUAUCGACAUGAACAGAGAGGAAUCAACAGGGUAUCCCUUAGUCUUAGUUUCGCGACUCUAGUUGUUUUGUGUGGACCGUGUAGCGUUGCAAUUGGGCUGUGCUGGAGAGAUGACCAUCAUCAGCUCCAGCACCCUGGAAAGCAAAAAGAAGGCAGGCUAGACCUGAUUUCGAUAGGCUACAUAUCGACAGUCAUAUCAUACAUUCGCAGGUAA